AAACUGCAAGUCUCGCCCGUAGAUGGCGCGUUGAUUGUUUGAAAAAAUAGUGGUCUAUAAAUGUUUAGUUUAAAUAAAUAUACACUGUCCUAGUUUUAAAUUUAGCCUAAGUUAUUAGGAAGGGAUGUCAGCACAUGGAAAAAAAAAGAAUCAACGGUUAUUAUUGACAGUUGACACCUGUCAACAAUGAAUUUAAAAUCAGUGAUAAAAAGCUAAAUUUCGCCAAAUACAAUCACUUUCCGUUAAGUUUUCCAAAUCCCUAGUCAUUAUUUAUUCACCAUGAAGUUCCCCAGUUGUACUAGUUUUAUUUUAGUGUUAAUUUUACUUUUCUUCAAAACUUGGCAAGUUCAGACAGGUUUCACCGAUUAUGUAAAAACAAUAGGAAGUUAUUUUACGUUCACCGAACCCGAAAGUGAUUCUGUCGGUGAAUUCGUCCAACGAAUUCCCUACGAAGUGUCCACAGUCGAUGAAAAAUUCAUAUCAGAGGCAGCCAAGCUCACAGGUGUAGCUUUAUCAGAGCUAGAUUCAUGCCAGCAAAGAGUGGUACUGAAGCUACGCUCUGAUUGCGAUAAGAUGAACGACGAGCAGCUGGCUAAAAUGGCAGUACAUCUCCUAAACUGCCAAUCGUACGUUGAAGGGCGCCCUAUUUUUCCUUGCACCGAUGACAUGAGCAUCCGCGACUGCACCGGAAGCAUGGACUCGGACACGUGGACGAGCUACCACCUCAUGAGUAACCGUGCAAGAGCCGUCUGCUACACCAUCAGACAAAUGCAGUUCCGCGGAAUGGCAGAACACUCCAUAAACAGACUCAUGGACACGGCCCGAGACCAACUCAAAACCCUCGGGAAAAUCGCGGAAAAUCAGCAAGAUCUGCACGACAUUGCUGAACAAACGCUCAGUUCGUUAGCGCAAGGUCACGAGAUUUUGACCAAUCAGCAGCGAGAUAUCCAAAGAGCCCAGUUCCACGGCCAGCUGGUCUUGGAAGAUAAUAUCCGCAAGCUAUCACAAGAGAAAGAGUUGAUCGUUGAUACUCACAACCAAUUGGUGCAAAUGACGCACAAGAUACAGCGCCGGUUGGAAGAUUCAAGCAAGAAUCUUGAAAAACAAAGAGGCGAGACCCGCCAAAACCACGAGGAGUUGCUAGACGAUCUUGUCAAGAUUCAAGAUAAGGCACACGCCAUUUUUGAACGAAUCGAGGAGUCUUCGCGACUACUCUUCGAACAGAACCAAAAUUUUAAAACCCAGUACGAGGAAACUCUCAGAAAUCUAGCCGAAGUCAACCGAACAGUCCACAAUUUAGUCACGUUAGUGGGGGGCACCCGCCAGGCGUUAGAGGAACGUCUGAUGUGGCUGACCACAGCCCUGGGGGGCACCGAUCUGGCCGUGGAGCGCCUUUAUCUCAUCAUAUGGCAUGCCGCUUUUAUCCUAAUCUCAAUGCUGACUUGUGCUUUUCUCUCCGCACGCCUCACCACAAGAUUAAUAGUCGCGACUUUGCCCCCCGUCAAUCUGGGCCUUGCCCUGUGGGGCAGCCCCAAUCAGUUGGGCCCCUUGACCCUUCUAGCCACAAUUUUAAGCCUAGUUUUGGGUCAUGUUGUCAUGUUUUGGGCUCUAGCGCUCAAGGUGAACGUUCGGGGGCGCCUCCCGUGGCGCAAGGAGCCGCAGAAAAAGCCGGAGCAAGUCCCCGAGUUUGAUUUAAGUACAAAUUUAGAAUCGGAAGAGUUGGAUGAUUUUAAUUUGAAUAGUUUGGGGUCACCGACGCCCCCACAUUCCAGGAGCGGCUUUUACCGCCCCAGGUCUCGGAGUAACACUCCUUUGGUUUUAAAUGGGAGUGCUAGGGGCGUUUGUCACGCCAAAACAAGGGUUGGCACGCCUUGUAAGUUGGCGAGUCUGCCGGGGCGGGAUUUUUGCUACCGCCACCAAACCGGGGAUUCCGUCAUGGGCUAAUCCCAAAAUGUGAUAAUUUCAUUUCUGAUCGUCUACUUUUAAGCCUGAUUUAUUCAAUAUUAUUUAAUUAAUUGUAGUGUACAACAAGUAAUUCUAGUCUAGAGUAGGACUGAUUUAUCGUUUUAUUUGUUUUAUUUUUUUAAUUUCCAAGAGACAGAAGGAAAUAAAUUAUUCUACCAGUCACGUGA